GUGGGAUGCGCGUGUUUCGUGUUGUUUUGAGCAGCAUGAUAGGGCUCGCCUCAUCGCACAUAUCCAACCUGUGCGUUUGAUCUCACAGGGACGCGCAAAAACUCCAGUGUGAUCGAUGAGCAGUUGUCCGGAGGUUACAGGGUGGGCAGUGGAGAUACAGAGGAAGGAAAGCAUGUUUUUCUACUGGCUGUUUGCAUAUGCAGUGCUCGGGAAAGUUAAAGGGGCCCGGUCUCAUUGAAGGGCGCAUGGUAGGAGGGCAGCUGGGAGCUGAUGGUCUUCUGUCAUCAGCACAGGCUUUUCUGCACUGAGGAGGAAUUCGUGUGAAGGGGGAGGCGCCCGCGAGAGGCGAGCGGCAUGACUGCUGGCCGCAUUUAACAAUUAACCUUGAUGAACACAGAUUGGUUUCACUUAACAGGCGCAGGUGCGUGGAGUUUGUGAUACGGCGCAGCUGAGCGAUUCCACGUUUGUGACUGUACGCUGACGCAUUUUAUGCCAAACAGAGAAACUACACUGAGAGAGGAUAUUGCAGCUGAUGUGUUUUUUUCUUCACGGGACAGGAUACACGUUGCAAUGGGAGUCGGUCCGUUACCCGUCCUCUUGCAGAACCCGAACCCAGGAGCAUAGCUGAUUUGAUUGGGAGACCUGUAUCGGAAUUUGACCGCCGUGUCAUUGCCCAAUUUGCCAGUCCCAGCAGCUGAACGACAUCUUCCUAACGGAGGGUGGAAAAAACUGUCCGCUUCACUACUCUCCAUCUGCGCCCUGGACAGCUUGAAAUGAGGACCACAUCCCGGCUGUGUUCCGUGUGAAGAGGCAAGCGGGGCGGCAGUUUUCUUCGGUCUCUCAAGGACGCAAAAAAAGUGGCCGCCGGCCGAGCUGCGAAGCAUGGAGCGGGACGACACCGACACCGCGAGCGCCUCCAGAAAGACAAUAAUUUCCAAGAUAUUUAAAGUUCGCAAGAGGAGGGAGAUGCUUUUCGUGCAGGUGUGCUUCAUCUGCAGUGUCCUCUUCGCGGCGUGGAGCAUGUCGGUGCUGCUGACCAAGACAGGCCAUGGCAUGAUCGUGGAGGGACAUCCGGACCAUGAACACUGGGGAAGACGGCUAAUGGCUGCAGUACCAGACAACGAAACGGAGCCGAAGAACUGUUCAGAGCCAGCAAUACACGAGUUCCCCGAUGACCUUUUCACCUCCAGUGAACGUAAGAGCGGGGCCGUUCUGCUCCACAUCGCGGCGGCCCUCUACAUGUUUCUGGCCCUCGCCAUAACAUGUGACGAAUACUUUGUGACAUCGCUGGAGAAGAUCUGCGAGAAACUAGAUCUGAGUGAAGAUGUUGCUGGUGCCACCUUCAUGGCAGCUGGCAGCUCUGCACCAGAGCUCUUUGCAUCUGUCAUUGGUGUCUUCAUCACCCACGGCGAUGUGGGGGUGGGGACCAUCGUGGGCUCAGCAGUCUUCAACAUCCUGUGCAUCAUCGGUGUCUGCGGGAUCUUCGCUGGACAGGUGGUGAUGUUGACCUGGUGGGCAGUUUUCAGGGAUUCCUUCUACUACAUCCUGUCUGUUGUGGCUUUAAUUGCAUUCAUCUACGACGAGAAGAUAGUUUGGUGGGAGAGUUUGGUGCUGGUGGUCAUGUACGCUGGAUACAUCCUUGUCAUGAAAUUCAACUCCAGCAUGCAGAGGUUUUUCAUGGGGUCAAAGUCAGACAAGAACGUGGCCAAUGGUAACGCUGCAGCCAGCAGUGAGAUGGAGGACGGUAAUACUAGUUAUUACUAUGUUUGGGAUGACGACCCGUCAUCGCCUUUACUCUCAGAAGUCAAGCCCACCAAGGCUUACAGCCGGGGAUCAGUAGUGAUGGUGGACGAGAUCAUGAACGCCAGCCCUACAAAGUUCAGGUUCCCAGAAGCUGGCCUCCGUGUCAUGGUCACCAGCCAUUUUGGACCCAAGACCCGUCUGCGCAUGGCCAGCCGCCUCAUCAUAACAGAGCGUCAGAAGUUGGUCCAAGCUGCCAAUGGUGUGGAGACACAAGUGAUUGACGGGAAGGUCGAGAUCGAGAAUGGAAACGUGCCAGAGGACAAACCCACCGAGACGCAGGAGAACAUAACAAUCUCGCCAUUUCACAUUCCAAGGGGCAUUGGCAGCAAGUUGAAGUGGUUGAUCUCGUGGCCUCUGCUGCUGUUGCUGUUCUUCACUGUCCCGAACUGUGCCAAGCCUCGCUGGGAGAAAUUCUUCAUGCUCUCCUUCCUCCUGUCCACCGUCUGGAUUGCCAUCUUCUCCUACUUUAUGGUCUGGAUGGUGACUAUAAUCGGCUACACUCUGGGAAUCCCUGAUGUCAUCAUGGGCAUCACUUUCCUGGCAGCAGGCACCAGCGUCCCAGACUGCAUAGCUAGUCUUAUUGUGGCUCGGCAAGGUUUGGGAGACAUGGCAGUGUCCAACACUAUCGGCAGUAACGUGUUUGAUAUUCUUGUGGGACUGGGGGUCCCCUGGGCGCUACAGACCAUGUGUGUCAGCUAUGGAUCAGAGGUGAUGAUUAACAGCCGGGGCCUGUUGUACUCGGUGGUGCUUCUGCUGGGCUCCGUCGCCCUCACGAUUCUGGGGAUCCACCUGAACAAAUGGCGGCUGGACGUGAAGCUGGGCAUUUACGUCCUGGUGUUGUACGCCAUCUUCCUCUGCUUCUCCGUCAUGAUCGAGUACAACGUCUUCACCUUCGUCAACUUGCCCAUGUGCAUGGAGGAUUAGAGCACAGCAGCAUGCCUCGGAUACCAAAACCUCAACGCUCCCAUAGCAACCCCCAAAAAUCUUUUAUUUAUUUAUUUUUUUCAAUAACACUGGACCUAUCUGCAGACUCUUUUUCUCCCCUCUUGCGCUCUUUCCUGUAAUCCUUUUAGUCCUGAAUAUGAAUCUCAUUUCCUCCAAAGAGGCAGUACACGAUGUAAGAGUGGAGUCCAUUCUAUGUCUCUAAUUUGUCCUCUUGUCCUCCACGCAGUGCCGGUCCUUAAUGUCCAUUAUUUCGGGGCAUUGCCUGUUAUUGCAGUAAAGUCUUUAGUUCCUCUGUGCGCCUGUUAACUUUCUACCCAUCUAGCAUGCCUUUAGAUGUCGGGGACCUCCAGAAUCAUAAGUGCCCCUGUUGAUUGUCGGUGUGUGUUUUCACUGUUUUCACAUUGUAGAUUUCCACACACCAUUCCCAGAGCCUUUCCACAAACCAAACCAGAGUCUGUAAGAGGAAAAAAAAAAUCUACGAUUCCAACCAAAACUCCCACAUAGCGAGAACUCCCCUUAAAGUCAUUCCUACAAAAAAAAAUUACAGUUACCCCAGCACCCAAAGAAAAAAUACACUCCUUUUCCCCCCUCUUAACCUCCAUGGAGGAGGGCUUUGUCCUUGGCAGCUCCCCUCCUCCAGCCUGGACCCGACUCCCCUGGCAUGGCCUUUGGCAUCAGGGAGCAGAUACUGUUAGCGCUUCACUCACCCUCCGCAGCUCCUCGACCCUCAUCUGCUUGAUCAAAUCUGCUUUAUUUUCUUCAACAACAAA